AUGAAUAACAUUGAUUGCUCAGUCAAUAAUAACCCUCUGGCUCAGCUAUCUAAACAUACCCAACAGCAACCUAAUAACGCUUUUAGUAAUAGAAACCUAUCAAAUGGAUACCAAAACAACUUUCAAGGAGGGUCAGCGGCUAACUCUUCCCAACAAGAUGUCUUUCAAGGUAAAAGAAAUGUAAUAUCUGAUGCUCAUAAAGCUCAUAUGAACUCUUUUAUGAAUGGAGGAGCAAACCAACUUCCUUCUCCACCAAUGGUUAAUUCACCACAAUCAAUGGAUAGAGGCUCCAUAACUAUGGAUGACACCUUAUUUCAACAAAGAUCACCUCCAGUUUUAUCUAAAGCAGAACUAAGCCAAAGAAUUUCUCAAUCUCGCAAUGAAUUUGAUUGGGUUAAUGAAUUUAAAAAUCAAUCAAAUGUAAGCACUCCAAAUACCACUCAAAACCCUUCUACUCCAUUUUUACCCAAACAGAUUCAAAGACAACCAAGUCAAUUAUCAUAUUUAUCAAAUUCUACUUUCCAAAGCGGAUAUUUCAAUACCGCCCAGAUCCCCGCUUAUUUCACUGGUAGUGAUGCAGAAAUGUUAGCCACAAAUAGUAGUACAAAUAUGCAACAACAAUUUAAUACCCAAUUUCAACAACAAAAGCAACCAUCGACCAAUAUCCAACGACAAGUUCCUUAUGAAAAUGAUGAACAAGAAUUGUGGGAUAAGCAAUUCAAACAAUUAGAAAAUGAAGUAUCAGAAAAACUACAUAUAUCUGGAGACGAUGUUAUUGCACCACAAUCACAUUUAAAUAAUCAAUCGCAACAAGAACAGAAUAAUUCAGAUGAAAUGAUGAGUGACGAAUAUCAAUCUCAAUUUCAAAAAGUUUGGGAUAGCAUUCAAGAAGACUCACAAGAUGUUUUACCAGAUGAUUUAUUGGCAGGUGAUAUGGAAUGGGAGACAACCUAUAGAGAUUUAAUUAAUGAAACUAUUAUCAACAGAACUCCUAGAGAAUAUGAAUUUGAGAAACAAAAUGAAUUUUUGAAUAAUCCUGAUUCCUACACAAUUGGUUGUUUAUUAAUGGAAAAUGGUGCUAAAUUAAGUGAAGCUGCGAUGGCCUUUGAAGCCGCUGUUCAAGAAAACCCUAAACAUGUGGAUGCUUGGUUAAAACUAGGGUUAGUUCAAACACAGAAUGAAAAAGAAUUAAUAGGUAUUAGCGCAUUAGAACAAUGUCUAAAAUUGGAUUCUAAAAAUUUAGAGGCAAUGAAGAAUCUAGCUAUUAGUUAUAUUAACGAAGGCUAUGAUAUCAGUGCAUUUACAAUGCUAUCAAGAUGGGUUAAAGUAAAAUACCCCGAAUACAUUAGUAACAAUAAUAGUAUCAAUAACCUUGAAAUGGACUUCAAUAUUGACGAUGAUAAUAACCAUAAAGAAUUGAAUAGACUAAUUACAAAACAGUUUUUACAGUUAGCUAAUAGAUUACCAACUAUUGAUCCAGACAUUCAAUUGUGCUUGGGAUUGUUGUUUUAUACCACUGCAGACUAUGACAAAACAAUUGAUUGCUUCAAGACAGCAUUAACUGUUAAUCCAAAUGAUGAAUUAAUGUGGAACAGACUGGGUGCUUCAUUGGCCAAUUCUAAUAGAUCUGAGGAGGCUGUCGCUGCUUAUCAUAGAGCUUUGACUUUAAAACCGUCUUUUGUUAGAGCCCGCUAUAAUUUAGCAGUCUCCUCCAUUAACAUUGGAUGUUUCAAAGAAGCUGCUGAGCAUUUAUUGACUGCUUUAAGUAUGCAUGAAAUAAAUGGUAUCUUGGAUACAGAUUUGGAAACUAAUUUUUCUUCUAAUACUUUAAAUAAUGCCUACAAGUCUCACACAGGCUUAAGUACCAAUAGUGGUAUUAUUUUAGAUACAUUGAAACGCGCAUUUAUUGCGAUGGACAGAUCUGAUUUACUUGAAAAAGUUAAACCAGGCAUGAACUUACAACAAUUCCGUAAUGAAUUUACAUUUUAA